UAUGCUAAACAAUACACGGUUUAGACGCGCUUAUUUGGUACCUGAAUCGCAAUCCUCGAGUCUUGACCUCUUUUCUCUCUCUCUCUCUCUCUCUCUCUCUAUAUCUCUCUUAUUUGUAUCCUCUCUGCAUUUCUUGUUUUCUGAUUUCUCUCUCUCUAAAAUGGCCAACAACACAACCACCACCGACUCCAGCCUCAACAACAGCGGCGAUUGCGAAGAAUCGAGUCCUCUCUUGAACAAGAGCCUUCAAGAACACGACAACAAACUCAAAAAGAUUUCCGAUACGAAAUUCGGCGCAUCUCCUGAUGAAAAAUCUGCCGCGCUUGGAUUGGACCGGCCUGAAUAUGGUUGGACAGCUAAUGGCUUGCCGUUGGGUCAUGGUAGUGUUGUGGGUGAGCCAAUGGGUCGGGCUCAGUGGGAUUCUAGUCUCUUCGCUUGUCUCGGUCGCAAUGAUGAAUUCUGUAGCAGCGAUCUUGAAGUUUGUCUUCUUGGCGGUGUUGCCCCCUGUGUGCUCUAUGGAAGCAAUGCUGAGAGACUUGGUUCUAGUCCUGGAACCUUUGCCAAUCAUUGCUUGCCCUACACUGGUCUAUAUUUGAUUGGUAAUUCCUUUUUUGGUUGGAACUGCCUUGCACCAUGGCUUUCAUAUCCUAGCCGUACAGCUAUUCGUAGGAGAUUUAACCUGGAGGGGAGCUGUGAGGCACUUAAUAGGUCAUGUGGUUGCUGUGGAAGCUGUGUGGAUGAUGAACUGCAACGUGAGCAGUGCGAGUCAGCAUGUGAUUUUGCAACUCAUGUGUUCUGCCACCUGUGCGCCCUUUGCCAGGAAGGCCGUGAGAUCCGCCGCAGGGUGCCUCAUCCUGGAUUCAAUGCUCAACCAGUUUUGGUAAUGAUCCCACCUGGGGAGCAGGCCAUGGCCCGUGAGGCUUGAAGGUGACCUGCCUUUGCAUGUUAUGUCCUGUCUAUGAUACAUAACUAUAUUGGUGUGACAUUAUUGAAGUUUGUCUAAUUUUACUUACCUGGAUUGCAAUGGAAGACCCUGCUAUUUUAUUGACCAAGUACCAGAACAAAGAGUAUGCAAACUUAGUGUUAUUACUUACAUGGAUGUAGUGUUCUCCUUAUCACUAUUAUAUAUAUUUACUAUAAUAAUAUUUUAUUUAUCUAAA